CGACGAGCAAUGUCCAAAAGCGUCCAGGUCGAGACUCUCGCUGCAUUGCGCGACUUCCUCGACAUCGUACUGCUUUCGCUCGAAGCGACGCCUCCCGUUCCUCUCUCGGCGCAGACGACGACGACGCUCCUCGAGAAGCUCAAGAUGACGUCCAAGAAGCUCAAGACGUCAGCGUCGACGGCGCUGCCCGUGCAGCAUACGCCGAGUAGCAAGUUGGCAUCCUUUGACGCGUACCUGACUGCGCAGUCGUACCACGGGCAAGUGGCGACGACGCACAAGACUCCGACACAUGGAGCGCUACACCCGUCGUACGGACAGGCGGCGGCAAUGUAUCAGCCUGGAACCACGACGUCCAAGUCUGUGAAGGUCCACGGAACCGCGACAUACAAGCCCUUAGCGGCGCCGACACACCACGGAUAUGCAGCAGCACCGACCAAGGCACCUGCAUAUCCGAUGGACAAGUACGGUCAAGCGAUUCCAGCGUACAAGCCUGCCGCGCCGCAGCAGGCCGCCACAACGUCGACAGGCGACAUUGCCGUGCUAUUAAAGCGGCUCGAAGCACUCGAAGCGAGCAACACAGCUCUAAAGACGACUGUGGCAGAGCUGGAAGGCAAGCUCGAGGAGCACGUCGAGCGCGUGACCGCGAUCACGAAUGACCAAGAGUCGACGAACGAGCAGUUUGAAGACACGCUACACGCGCUCGAUACGACGGUCAAGAGCCACACCAAAUUGACGCAGCUCCAGCAGAGCAAGAUCCAGACGAUGGACAAGACCCUCAAAGAGCACACGACCGUCCUCAACAGCGUCAAAUACCGCAAGUGACUCGAUCGCACUCGCUUCGACACCAUCGCUAGCGCGUAGCCUGCAUAUAGCAGCGCGCGGCCUAGCUCUAUUUACUUUAUUAACUUAUAUAUAUAUGACCAACGCCGCCUGCGCAGCCACGGACCGGCGAGCGAAUGAAAAAAAAGGAGAUUGCUAGUCUCUACGUAUGCGAAGUCUUUGUGUAAUUAUGAAGAUAACGCGAAACACGUUCAUAUAUG